AUUUUUUCAUUUCAUUGAACCAUUCCAAUGAAACUCUCUCAUUACCAUAUUUAAGUAAUACUAUCAGAGAAUAGAAAUGAAAAAAUGAAAAAUGAAUUUCGGUUUGUAGAUGAAUUCUACAAUAAAUAUCUCAAGAGAUAUAGGACAUAAUCAGGGAUUGAAAGUGUUGACAUUAAUAGAAAUUUAAAAAAAAAAAUUAGGAAUCACUGAAUCAAUUUGCUCAACAUAUAUGCUUCUAGCAAUAGUCGAGAUCAAAUUGUAGGUUUCAGUUUCCUUGACAAAAUAUAAUAGAUUUUAUAAAUAUUCUAGAAAAAUGUACUAAAAUUCAACAUAGUUUAAAAAACAUUUCUUUACUUCUGAUGGUUUGUCAAUUUUGACAUCCGAUGACAACAAAAACAAUUUUUUUUUAUUUUACUAUUUGCACAUAUAAUAAAAAUUAUAAUGUUCAAAUGGCAAUGGCGUUAUUGGAUUCUUGUGAUGGUGUAUUUGUCUGCAUAUAUGAAUUAUUCAUAUACAGUCAACAUGGCCUUUAGCAUAAUUCCUAUGGUGAGUUACAGACAAAAUCAUACUCCAGAGUGUAUACAUAAGGUAACCGAAAAUAAAACAAAUACUUUACCAGAUUAUGGUCCAAGGUAUAACUGGGAUGAACAUAAACAAGGUGCAAUACUUGGAGCAUAUUUUUGGAGUCAUAGCUUCUUUUCUUUACCAGCAGGUCCAAUUUCUGAAUACUUUGGUCCAGCCAAAGUGAUAUUUUAUGCUACAAUAAUGGGAGCUAUAAUAAACGCCCUUUGCGUUCCAGCAGCUUGGAUUCAUUAUGGUGUACUGGUGCUAUUUAGAUUUUUACUGGGAGUUGUGGGAGCUGUGAUAUAUCCAGCAUUGCAGUGUCUAAUUGCACAAUGGGCUCCACCACAUGAACGAGGAAAGUUUGUUGCUGGUCUUUUGGGGAAUACUAUGUCAACUGUUGUAACAUGGCCACUUCUAGGAUUUGUAACAACACAUUUUGGUUGGGAUUGGGGAUUCUAUGCACUUUCUUUUGAAAUGUUGCUGUACGCUCUAAUUUUCUUUGUUGUUGCAUCAGAUAAUCCAGACUCACACCGAUUUAUCUCUGCAGAAGAAGUUGCAUAUAUAAAAGAAUGCCAAGGCGACAGUGUUUCUCGUAGAAAACAUGCUAAGGUUCCCUAUAAAGAUAUUUUAAAAAAUAUUCCCUUCUGGAUUCUAUGUAUUCUCCAUUUCGGUAAUUUAUGGGGCUUAUAUUUACAACUCCAAAGCGUGCCCAAAUUCAUGGCAGAAGUAAUUGGUUUCGAUUUAAGAGACUCAGGAAUAGUUGGAGCAAUACCAUCACUGACUAGAUUCUUUUUUUCUGUAACAUAUGGAGUUGUAGGGGAUUAUUUAGAUAAGAAUACCCAAUUAUCAACUAAAGUACUAAGGAAAAGUUUUGUUGUUGCGUCUCAUAUUAUACCAGGUGUGUUAAUGUUCAGUAUAACAUUUAUAGGUUGCCAUUGGCAACCAAUUGUGGCAUUAUUAACUUUCAGUAUGUCUAUCAAUGGGGCAGUUGUAUUGACGAAUCUAAUGAAUCCACAGGAUUUGGCACCUAAUUAUGCGGGUACUAUUUUUGGCAUGAUUACUUUUAUAGAUGGUACAACUGGAUUUAUAGGUCCAGCAGUUACAGCUGCUUUUAUUCAAGAGCAUAAUGGAUUAAAAGAAUGGAGUUAUACUUUUAUUGUAGGAGGUUGCAUGUACAUACUAUGUGGAAUUAUUUUCAUUUUAUUUGGUAGUGUAGAAGAACAAAGUUGGAACCAUUUGGACUAGAUCCAGCCUUAAUGGAAAAAAUGCAGUAACUGAAAAAAUUCAAGUUUGUUCAUGUUUCAUUUGUAAAAUAGAAACAAAAAUAAUGCAAA